ACGAUACACUUACUUCAAAGAUCAUCUUUAUUUUCAUAUUCUCAUCUUCGAUGUUACAUUUGAUUGGAAAUACCUUUUUCUUUUGAUCAAUUAAAAUAUACCGUAAAAAAAUUCUGCUAGUGAAGACUGAUAGUAUAAGACCUAAUUGUUCGAAGGUACUUGAUCGUUCGAUCUUUCCUAACGCGAAGUUUAAGUAAGACAAAUCAUACCGUAAAUAUUGAAAAUGCACGUACUACGAUGGACAUUCAAACUUUUCAUCGCCAGCGGAUAUUUUCUACCGCCCACGUUGAAGUCUCCGACGAAACGCUUUCUGUAUAAUUUAUAUACAGUCUUCAUGACGUUGUACAUGUGGAGCUACUCCCUCACGCUAAUCAUGGAGAUUUGCUACAACGUGGAAUCGCAGGACGAUUUGAGUGAGAAUUUUGGCAUAACUGUCACGGCACUUAUCACCAGUUGCAAACUUAUGAGCUUAGUCAUAGGGCGAAAAACUAUCAUAAAUAUGUUGGAUCUACUCAAGAAGAAGCCAUUUGUACCAGAGAACAAUGGGGAAGUACAAAUUCACGCGAAAUACGACAAUCUAAUCGAAAAAGUCGCGAUGUUCUAUACAAUCCAAGUCACAUUUUGUGUGCUUGCUUUAGUAGGAACGACAUUGGUCAGUAACUUCAAAGUGAAAAAAUUAAUGUUUCGCGCUUGGUUUCCUUUCGACUUCACCUCCUCGUGGUUUGCGUUUUCUAUGACGUUCAUCUAUCAGUUCGUAGGUUUAAUGAUCAUAGCCACUGGCGUCAGUAUGUUCGAUACGUUUUUCGCUGGCCUGUUGCUUCACAUCUGUUGUCAAUUCGAGAUGUUGAUGGAUCGCUUGCACCAUAUCGGAGGAAAUGAAAUUGAAUCGUUAAAAAACUGCGUUCAGCACCAUAACACGAUAUUCAGGUUUGUUACCUGUAGCCUCGAUAUUUCUAAUAUGUUAUAUCAUAGCGAUUGGCCAAAUUUGAGCAACGACGCCAGGAAGAUGCUUGUGGUGAUCAUGGCACGUUCAUUGACGCCUGUUGAGAUUACAAGCGCCUAUAUUUUACCCAUGAAUUUGGAAUCUUUCAAAGGUGUCAGUAUCUAUGUAGAAAUAUAUUAUUUGCACAAACGUAAAUUAAAAACAAUACUCGGUACACUGAGUAAUUCGCCAUCGAUUUGGGAAAAACGAAUUGCGAUUUGUUACACAAUUCUGGUGGAGGUGGCUGCGAUAUGGAUAUUCGUAAGAGCAUUCCUCACGGACUUCAAGAAGAGAAAACUAGUCUUUCGAGCUUGGCUACCGUACGAUUAUUCGGAACUGUUGCCAUACACGUUCAGUUACGCUUACGAAGUUGUCACUUCGUUGCUGUGCUCUUGUCAAAACGUUGCUAGUGACACGCUAUUCGCUGGCUUGCUGAUUCAAAUUAACGGCCAGUUCGAAAUACUCGAGGAACGUCUGAGAAACAUCGAGGAGGACUCGAAUUAUUCGGCGAAGCAGUGCGUCAAACAUUAUCAACAAAUUUACAAAUUCUCUAAAACGGUGAACGAGAAAUUCAAAAUAAUACUUUUCUUGCAAUUUUGUACGAUCGCAUUUACGCUAUGCUUUAAUCUCUACCGAAUGACCAACAUAACGAUGCUUUCUAAAUUUCUGGAGGCGUCGCUUUUCCUAGUUCGCAUUAUAGCGCAGAUACUGUAUUAUUGUUGGUUCAGUAACGAAGUGAAAUUGAAGAGCCUUCAGGUGCCUGCCAUGAUAUUUAAGAGCAAUUGGGCAUCGUGGGAUACGAAAACAAAGAAGAUUCUCUUAGUGAUCAUGACACGAGCGACACAUCCUAUAGAAUUUACGAGUGGCUACCUGGUAACAUUGAACAUCGAUUCUUUCGUAGCGCUGAUGAAAACCUCAUACUCAGUUUUUAACUUGUUGCAACAAACUAAAUGACGAUACGAAGUGAAAGAGCAGCGGAUCUUGACAUU